AUGACAGCGUCUCAGAGGUGUAAUUUCUUUCCCCGAGAACCAUACUACGUUCCUGGGUAUGCAGGGUUUUACCCUCAGAUUCGUUAUCAGGUUGGAAAGACAUAUGGCAGAACAACCUGCCAACUCCUGACAGACCCUGAGAUCCAAAGAAGUCCUUGCUCAGUGCUGGCGCCACUGACCAAGCCAAAGUUCAUCGAGGAUUUCAGCCAAAGGAGGAUCCCUGCAUAUGAGAUGAUGGAUCAGUACCAAAAUUACAUCCCUGGAUAUACAGGCCAUGCUCCCUAUCAAGGUCACUUUCCUCUUCCAGACAUAGAACCCAGGCCCCCCAUGCCAAGGGAUGGGCUCCCACAUGCCCUGCAGUCCUCACCCAAUGCCAAUUUGACGCAGCUGGUUGAACAGAGAAAAUACUCUCCCUGCCACCCUGGCAUCAGGCUGUCAUGUGGACCAGGAUGGAGGCAAUUUGCAGCCUCUGCUGGCACACAGCUGGUAUCAGAGCAGGGCGACCGGAAAAUGAUUUGCCACCCUGAUAUUCCACUGGUGUGCGGGCAGGAGGAGACCCGGGGGCCUUGCCACACAGACGCUGCUUUAUCGUGUGGCCAGGGCUGGAAGAGUGUCCCUUUUGUCACUGGAACGGAUCAGCCAACCAGGAUUGAAGCAGUGCCUCUUCCACGGGUGACAGAGACAGUAGAUGUGAGCCGAUUUGGACGGACCCCCAAGCUAGAUAUGCCCAACCUCAUCCAGCGCAAAGCCAUCUCAGGAUACACUGGCUUCGUCCCCCGGUUCACCUGGAUUAUGGGCGUCAACUACCUGAAGGGAGUCAAAGAUGCUAUGAAUGAGUUUGAUUGUAAUCAGGAAAAGAUGAGAUGCCCGCUGUACAGCUUUGGCAAGCGAUUGCCCCGCACCUAUUGGCCCAAUACCAAGAUUUACAGCAGCCAAGGCCUGAUUCCUUUCUACACUGGGUUUGUGCCAACCAUCAGGCACAACUACGCUCUAACUUUUGGAAACAGUACCCGGAAAGCUUACUACGAUGAACUACUGCGGAGACAACAGGCAGCGUGA